AUGGCAGAACAAGAAGUCGAUCUCGACUCUAUCAUCGAUAGACUGCUAGAAGUUAGAGGUAGCAGACCAGGUAAACAAGUACAGCUCCUGGAACAAGAAAUUCGUUAUCUUUGCACCAAGGCCCGCGAAAUUUUCAUCUCUCAACCAAUCCUCUUAGAGCUCGAGGCACCAAUCAAGAUAUGUGGUGAUAUCCAUGGUCAAUACUACGAUCUCCUCCGUUUGUUCGAAUAUGGCGGAUUUCCUCCCGAGGCAAAUUACCUCUUCCUUGGUGAUUAUGUCGAUAGAGGCAAACAGUCACUCGAGACCAUCUGUUUGCUCUUAGCAUACAAGAUCAAAUAUCCAGAAAACUUCUUCAUCCUCCGUGGUAACCACGAGUGCGCCUCGAUCAACAGAAUCUAUGGCUUCUACGACGAGUGCAAGAGAAGAUAUAACAUUAAGCUAUGGAAGACAUUUACUGAUUGCUUCAACUGCCUCCCCAUCGCAGCAAUCAUUGAUGAAAAGAUCUUCACUAUGCACGGUGGUUUAAGUCCUGAUUUGAACUCCAUGGAGCAAAUCCGCCGUGUCAUGCGACCAACUGAUAUUCCUGAUUGCGGUCUCCUCUGCGAUCUUCUCUGGUCCGAUCCAGAUAAGGAUAUUACCGGCUGGAGCGAAAACGAUCGUGGUGUAUCCUUUACAUUCGGUCCCGACGUUGUUUCUAGAUUCCUACAAAAGCAUGAUAUGGAUUUGAUAUGCAGAGCUCAUCAGGUCGUCGAGGAUGGCUACGAGUUUUUCUCAAAGCGGCAAUUGGUUACACUCUUCAGUGCGCCCAAUUACUGCGGAGAGUUUGACAAUGCCGGAGCGAUGAUGAGCGUGGAUGAGAGUUUGUUAUGUUCAUUCCAGAUUUUAAAACCAGCGGAGAAAAAACAAAAGUACGUCACAGCAGGUGGUCUUGGUGCCUCCUCCAGGCCCGUCACUCCGAGGAAGAAAUAA